CCUUCCAAGGACCUCCCCAGGGGCCUUCCUUUUUCUCAUUUCUGCAUGUCUGGCUUUCCUGGUGUCCAUCAGUCCCAGGGAGGAGCCUCGCAGUAGUCCACCCCUUGGGCCUGGUUUCCUCAGGAAAAGCCUUGGGAGGAAGCAGGGCGGGGGGUUGAGAGCUGCUGGAGCCAGAUAAACCCAGGCCCUCCCACUCCACUGGCUGCAAUGGGGCUAGAACUGCUGCUCCCACUCCUGCUGCUCUGGACUCAGGAGACCCAAGAGUCCGAGCUGGACCCCAAGGGGCAGAAUGUCUGCAGAGGCAGCAGCCCCCUUGCUAAGCUCGUGUGUUGUCCAGGCUGGAAGCAGAAAGAUGGAGACUGCACUGUCCCCGUCUGUGAGGGGCUGGACGCCUGCAGGAAAGACGAGGUAUGUGUGAAGCCGGGAUUCUGUCGGUGCAAACCUGGAUUCUUCGGGGCCCAGUGCAGCUCCUCCUGCCCAGACCAGUACUGGGGUCCCGACUGCCGUGAGACCUGCGCCUGCUACCCCCACGGCAAAUGUGACCCAGCCACAGGCGUGUGCCAGUGCCACGCUGGCCGCUGGGGCGAUAACUGUGAGUCACAGUGCUCCUGUGGGCCCCACGGACACUGCAACCCCAAGACUGGCCAGUGCCGCUGUGACCCAGGCUGGUGGUCAGCCACAUGCCGCCGCCAGUGCCAGUGCAACCCUGCGGCACGCUGUGACCCAGACACGGGCAACUGCCUGUGUCCACUGGGCAUGUGGGGCCGCCGAUGCAACUUCAGGUGCCACUGCCACAACUCGCCUUGCGCACCAGACACGGGCCGCUGCAUGUGUCAGGCUGGGUGGCUGGAGCCCGACUGCAAGCGGCCAUGCGCUCCUGGCUACUAUGGACUGCAGUGCCGCCAAAGAUGUGGUCACUGCAAGCACAACGCACCCUGCUCUGUGGACACUGGCAGCUGUGAGUCCUGCGAGCCAGGGUGGAAUGGGACCAGGUGCCAGCAGCCCUGCUCACCGGGCACCUUUGGCGAGAACUGCAGCCAGCAGUGCCCCCACUGCCGGGAUGGGGAGCCCUGUCAGAUAGAAACAGGCGACUGUGAGCACUGUGACCCUGGCAGGCUGGGGCCCAGGUGUGAAGACACCUGCCCGAGUGGCACCUUUGGAGAGGGCUGUAGCUCUCCCUGUCCCACCUGUGUUCAGGGGGCCUGUGAUGCUGUGAGUGGAGAAUGUGUCUGUAGUGCCGGCUACUGGGGGACCAGCUGCAACAGUUCCUGCCUAUCUGGCUCCUAUGGCAACAACUGCUCCCUGCCCUGCCAGUGCUCGGAUGGACUCUGCGACCCUGUAUCCGGGGCCUGCCUCUGGGGCCGUAAGAAAUCCUUGCUCAUUGGCAGCAUUCUUGGGCCUCUGCUGCUGCUCCUCCUGGGCAUUGCCUGCUGUGCCUACUGCCACUGUGCCACUUCUCGGGAGCCCAAAGACAGGCCUGCAAGGGGUGGAACUGCCUUGUCCAGGAUGAAGCAGCAGUUCUGGGGGGCACUGAGCAGCCUGGGCUCUGUACUACCAUGUGGUUCGCUCAGUGGCUACAAGCUUCCGUGGGUGACAGUCUCUCACCACGACCCGGAGGUCCCCUUCAACCACAGCUUCAUCGAGCAGCCCUCUGCUGGCUGGGCUUCUGAGGACUCCUUCUCUUCUGAUUCCGAAUCUGGAGCAGAGAAUGAGAAUUCUGCCUACUGUGUGUCAUCCCCAAAAGGGAUGGUUCCUGUGGCCCCAGCAGAGCUGUCCCCAAGAGAGUCAUCAGAGGCCACCUUCCCUCCCCCUGAGGAUGCCUCCACGCCCUUCCCUAUCCCACGAACCUCCAGUUUAGCCCGGGCCAAACGGCCCUCCGUCUCCUUUGCUGAAGGCACCAAGUUUGUGUCACAGAGUGGCCGAAGCUCAGGGGAGCUCCACAGCCCAGCCCGAAAACCCAAGAGACUCUCAAGAGGGGCCCAGCCAGGUCCUGAGGGCCGGGAGACCGAGGAGUCCACAAGCCUGGAGCAAGCAAAAAUGGAUAAGGCUCCCACUGCCGCCGCCAGAUCCGGCAAUUCUGCCAAUGGCCACCAAGCCCCUUGUGGUAGUCAGAAAGUGGCUAAGCCUGGCGAAACCACCGAGGGCAGUAUGCAGGAGAGCUCAGAUUCUGCAGCCUCAAUCUACAUGCUGGUGGGGAUGCCCGAGAAAUCCAAGGGCCCUGUCCGCUCUGUCCUCCGCCGUUUGGGUAACUUCCAGAAAGGCCAGGAAGAACCCAAGGUCAAGAGUGCCAUCCCUAAGCCCCCACGCCGAGCGCUGGGUCAGAAGAAGGGCAGCUCUGGAAUGGUCUCGGGUUCUGCCAGUCAGAGCCCUGGUUUGGCUCCCAGUGCCAACGCUGCAGGAGCUGUGGAACCUGUAGGAGUGAAGCCAGAGGAGGUGUCCAGGGGGCUGGGGGAUGGCAGGGAGAGCCCAGGGAGGCCCCAGGAGCCAAUCUCCAGCAGCAGCCUCCCGGAACAGGAUCCCCAGAAACACGUGGAAGAGGAAGAGCAGGAGGAGCCCCUGUAUGAGAACGUACACACAUCUGGGUGGCCAGAGUCCUGAAGACCCUGGAUUUGGGGAGUGGGAAGAAUAUGGAUGGGUUGGGAUGGGAGGACACCAGCACUGCUGUGAAUCAUUGUGCUUUGUGUAGAAAAUGAUCCCAGAGCCAGGACACAUACACCAGAGCUUCUGCCCUGGAAAAGACCAUGGGGAGAGGCCAGCUGGCCCUGGGCAGUGGCCGCGGGCUGGGAGCAGGUCUGGAAUGCCCGGGCAGGCAUCCUGCAGGCAGGGGUCAGAAAGCGGAAAAAGAUGCUGCAGGGACUUUCUGUGUGUUGUCCUGGGUUCUGCCCCCAAAGGACUGUUCCUUCCUUCAUUUGCCAAACAGUUUUCUGAAAUGGGAAACCACCUAAAUGUUUGAGGAUAAAAGACUGGCUCAACAGAAACUUCUGAUGAUGGCUUACUGUACAUUUACCAAGAUCGUGUUGCACAAAAAAUAUUUAAUAUGAGAGAAUGUUUGUACUAAGCUAUGUGUGUAAAAAGUGUCGCACAGGGCCAGGGAUACAGCUUAGCAGCCCACCACCUGCCUGGCAAGUGCAAGGUGGUGAGUUCUGUCCUCGAAACCGGAAGGAAAAAAAUUUGUAUUCAUACAAAUUAUGGAAUACAGUCCAGUUCCAGUGUGCGUUGUUAUUAUUUUGUGCCGGGAUUAAAUUUAUGCCAAGCAUAUGCUCUGCCACUGAGCUA